GGGGGGCUCCUCAUUAGGUGAGAACCUGCGGGACACAUCAUGGAGAAGCGCGCCAUGUUCGGACUGGGCGUCUUCCUGGUCGUGGUCGUCUGCAUCUCGGAGGCUACCGUACCCGUCACCCUGGUGAAACCCGAGGAGCCAGGUACUCGAUACGACCCACCACCCCCGGUGUACCGUCCCGUCUCGUACCCGCUGUACCCACCGCCACCUCCGCCACCGUCGUAUCAGCUACCUCCGCCACCGUCGUAUCAGCUACCUCCGCCACCGUCGUAUCAGCUACCUCCGCCACCGUCGUAUCGGCUACCUCCGCCACCGUCGUAUCCGCCACCUCCGCCACCGUCGUAUCGGUUACCUCCGCCACCUCCGCCACCUUCGCCACCUUCGCCUCCUCCACCACCUCCACCACCUCCACCACCUCCACCCACGACUACUACGCCACGACCGUACUCGGGCGUCCUCUCGUCCGUCAUCAAGAGGAUCCAGGACGGUCCCCCGCCUGUCCUGAAGGUCGACACGAACGUCAACUCGCCCACCUACAACUAACCCCGAGGAAGGGAUCCCUCAGGACUCGCCGAUCGGUCCCCAGGACCAAUCGCCGCCGACAGCUAGCUUCGUAAAAGGAUAAGUAGAUCUUCGUUCAAAGUCAAUUCCCCGGUGAAGUCCCACGUAACGAGGUGAAAAAAAAAAAAGGGAAAAAAAGGAACAUCUUCAGAAAUUAACUUCCAAGGACGUCUGGCCAUGUCGAAAUUGCCAAUGGUCUUCGCCGCGAUCCUCUUCACGGCGUUCCUGAACCUGCGACCUAUUGAACCCGCUGCCCCCCAGCUUCUGGUACCGACUUCCGUCCUGGAUCCGAUAUUUCCGGCGAUAUGGAGGAUCCCGCUGGCUCGUCGCCUCCUGCGAAGACGCCACCGCUUGCCUCUCUUCCGACUGGACCAGGUACCCGACGUACCCCAGCAGAGGAGAUUGUUCUGAGUCUCCGAGAGGGCAUCGCGACCCUGGCAGUCAACGAGAGGAGCUACAAACGCGACCGGGCCGAAUAAAUCCACCUAGAUGUCGAA